ACGCUCAGUCUGAAGCUCCCGCACUCGGGUCACUAAAAACUCCACAAACUCGAAAAAAAACAACAGAAAAGAAGAUAUGAGUGGAGGAAACACGCUGCGGAAAAGCCAAAGAAAAAAAAAAGAAGUGAACGAGCUGACCGAACCAGAAAAUAUCGAGCACGAGAUGGAAGAAGCGGCCAGCGAAGCUAACUCGGACAACGAAAACCAGCGAAGCCACAGCGACACAAAGCUAAUGCUAGACGGGCUAGCAAAAAUUAGCGCUCAGAUCCAUGACUUGGACACAGAGCUGCGAGGGACAAAGAACGAACUGAAACAGGAAAUAUCUUCCCUCAGGCAAGAUAUGGACCGACAGUUCAAGGAGCACCACAACACUCUGAAAAAUCAAAAAGCAGACCUAGCUGAAGCCCAGACACGCAUCGCAACUUUGGAGGAGAGCAACAUGGAGGCGAACGGUACUCCACGGGUGGCUUUCUCUGCGGCUCUAAGGGAUUCUGGCUCUGGGAACAUUGGACCUUUUACCACUUCUACUCCACUUAAGUAUAAAAGGAUUUUUUCCAACUAUGGUGAUUGCUACAACCCUUCCACAGGAGUCUUCACUGCAACGGUCAACGGGGUGUACUUCUUCAGAUUCUCCAUGUUUAAUAACCUCAGUCCCACUCCCAACUCUGUUGUUAUACUUAAAAAGAAUGAUCAGCUGUUGACAGCUGUCUGGGACGUCAGCGGAACUGACAGCAAUGACAUGGGAAGCAACGCUGUGGUCAUUCCACUGAAGGUGGGAGACAACGUCUAUGUGGAACUGCAGGAAAACAGGCUUGUCUAUGAUGACGGGGCAAACUAUAACACCUUCAGUGGUUUUCUGCUCUUCCCUGUGUAAUUAGAUUUUCACACUUUGAAUUCAUUUUAAAAUAAUUAUACCAUAUUGAACGAAUGGUGUCGGUUUGAUGAAGGAUGUAUCAAAAAUUAACUUUGAAAUGCAAGGAUUUUGGGUUUUAUUCAGUGAGUCUUGAACAUGGUUUAUCCCCACUAAGCAGCAAAUGCUACUGCCACCUGCUGACCAAUCACUGUAAAAGACAAAACAUACUCUGUUUUAAGCUACAGCACCUGCUUUUUGUAACAAUAAAAUCUGUCCAACACAA